AUAAUCGCGUCGUAUCUACGUACGUGCACACGAUCGCUGCACCGGAAAGAUCGACAAGAACAUUUGUAAAAUAAUUUCUGUUUUAUUGCUCGCAUUCCAAAUCAUACCGGUAUUCAAGAACGGAAAACUGUUAAAUCAGAAGAGUGAUACAUCUUUAUGAGGUUUAUUUCUUAAAAGGGAAAUGGAAUUAAAAGUUAUUACCUAGCGUGAUUCAGCAAGUUAUUUGACGGGGAUGUGUGCAUUAUUUUCGGGCAGUGCGCAAAAGAGCGAAGUGCCGUGCUGAAAACAUCGUAAACCGGCAUCAGCUUACGUCCCGUGCGGUCUGCAAAAUCACCCCAAAAACCGCCCGAAAAAGGCUUCUGUUUCAUUUCAACGGAAGUGGGACUCGUUAAGUGUGGAUUUUGGACCUUAUUUUGUACCCCAUUGCGCCAAGAAAUUCGACAGAAACCACUGAAAAUAACGUCGCAAUUGUUUCUUGACUGAAAUAUUCAAGGAUCAAACUAGCCUGUACAACCAUGGGACGCUACACGGGAAAAAGUUGCCGUUUUACGGUGAUGAUCUUGCUGACUUCUGGUUUCUUCCUAGUGGAACUCAUCACUGGUUACGUCACCAAUUCCUUGGCACUGGUUUCUGACUCCUUCCAUAUGAUGUCCGACAUUAUAGCAUUGAUCAUUGGCUUCUUUGCUAUGAGAGUGUCCAAGAAGACCACGCCCAAGAACACCUAUGGCUGGCAACGUUCAGAGGUCCUGGGAGCCUUGGUCAAUGCAGUCUUUCUCAUGGCUCUCUGCUUUACUAUCUUUGUGGAGGCCAUCCAACGCUUUAUUUCUAAGGAGACUAUUAAGAAUCCAAUGCUGGUGCUGAUUGUUGGUGUGAUCGGGCUGGUGGUGAAUGGAAUCGGGCUGUGUCUGUUCAGCACGCAUGGUAUGUCCCAUGGCCACAGUCAUGGUGGAGGCAAAGGGCAUGGCCACAGCCACAAAUCCAAGAAAUCUGACAAGCCAGAAUUUCAGCAGCUUGACGAGCGGCUAUCGGACUCAGACCAACGGCUGCAGAGUGAAUGCUCUAAUCAGCUGACUGAUGUGACGGUUGCAAUGCCAGAAAGGGAGGAGGCUCUGCCCAGCACAGCUACAGAGGCAGCCGGAGGUGGCCCAUCGGGUGCUCAGCUGAACAUGAGAGGCGUGUUUCUACACGUGUUGGGGGAUGCGUUAGGUUCUGUAGUGGUCAUCAUCAGUGCACUGUUCAUCUGGUUGACCGACUUCGAGUGGAGACACUAUGUCGAUCCAGCUAUGAGUCUGAUCAUCGUAGCUAUCAUCACCAUAACCACCCUUCCACUGCUGCGGCAGUCAAGCAUGAUCUUGUUGCAAUCCAUACCCACGGAUAUCGAUCUGGAACAGAUCGAAAGAGAACUAGUACAAGACGUUCAAGGCAUAGCCAACGUGCAUGAACUACACGUUUGGCAGCUGUCUGGUAACAAGUACAUCGCCACAGCUCAUGUGCUGUUUCACAACAUGCAAGACUACACCAAUCUCGCCCAGCAGAUCAAAUCAUACCUACAUGAUCAAGGCAUCCAUUCUACGACUAUACAGCCGGAAUUCAUUGGAGACUAUCCAGAUAAUGGUGUCUUAGAUGACAAGGAAUGCAAGAUUCUCUGUAAGCCCAACACGAUAUGCGAUGCACAGAAAUGCUGCGGUGAGAGGAAGUCAUCCAAACGCAAGUCUGUGGACACUCCUGCAAGCACCACGCCAGAAACGACCACGGCCAACUUUGGUUCCGACCCUAUCGAUCAGGAUGUCUUUGUGUGACCUCAGUGUCUGUAACCUUUGACCUCUACUGACCUGCCAUUUGACAACUGACAACAAAGACAGGUUUUUCUAUCAUAUCAGUGUCCUCUCCUAUAAUGGACAAAAUUUCAGCAUUAAAAACACGACAUCGUCAAUUUGUACAACACAUUGGUGCCAUUUUAUGAGUGGACAAAAUCCUUGGUAUUAGAAAUUAAGAAAAUUAUACACGCUACAUUAUAUGCAUAUUUCUGUAUGACUCUGGUAGGAAUUGAACCCGACUCUUCCUAUGCAUAAGUGGCAAACCCACUAUAAUACCACCGAGCUUACACAUGUGCAGUGUCAUGUGCAGCCUUGUUUUUGUGUAUGAUACUUAUUUUAAAAAUAUCUUAAAGGAUAUUUUUUGUUCAAAGAAUUUAUGAGCCCAGCAACUUAUCUAAGAAAUAAAACUGCAAUUCUGUAGUCUAAUUUACAUAUAAGAUUCACGACCAAAUGUAUUUUUUCUAUUGUCAAAUAGAAAUUUUACAGACUGUUUGUGGAGAUGAUGGUUCAAUAAUUUAUGAAAUACCUGAUCACAGAAUGUCUCGAAAACUUUGUUAGUUUCUUGCCAAAAAGUCUUUACUGUUUUUAAUUGUUGGUUUUAGGUCAUGAAAUAGUGCUAUUUACCUUUGUGGAAAAAUCUGAAAACAUUCGAGUACAGGAAAAAAUCAAAUAAAUGUAUAUUGACAUGCAUGUGUUCUUUGAAGGCCAAAGUUCUUGUAAUUUUAAUUGCUAAACUAAAACUGGACUUUUUACUGUACCGAACAAUGUCAUUUUUUAAUGGAGUCUGAGCUACACGACUUUCAUUUUAACAUUUUUUUGAAAUUGUAUAUAUGACUUGGCUCCAUUAUUAUAUUUUUUCCUUGAAAAUAUAUGGCUAUUACUAGUUUUUUAAUUUCCUUUUGUUGUAUACACCAAAGGUUGAGUGAAGAUUGUCUUUCAAUUUUGAACCAAAUAUUGCGAUUCCACACUGACGUUGCAUAGAAUUCCUUCAUUUCUUUGGUCGUGACAAUUAUACCAAACAUGCAAAGGAUUUCAUCAUGCUACUUAUAUUGGUGUUCUACAUUUAUUUUACAUGAAUACGUGCACAUUCACAAACCACAGUGUUCGGUCAUAAUGCUCAGGACAUAAUGUUAAGGCCCGGUAAAAAAAUAGUUUCUUGUCUGUUUUUUUUUAAAUAAAGGAGGCGGGCACUUUUUUAUCUUCCCAAAGGUGGCGGUUUUUCCAAGAUGGCAAUGGAUUCUUCCUUUUUCUCAACUCUUUUGCUGUUACAAAAUUGAUUCUUAGGCAAUAUACUAUAUAAUUGUAAAAUCUAUUGUAAAUGUUUGAAUUACCAAAAAA